AUGAGCGGCCCCGCCCCCGCUGUCAGCUGGAGGAAGCGGACUCGGAAGCGGCCGCGAUGUCCUUUUGUGUCCUACAAACCGCCGCCGCCGCCGCCGCCGCCGCCGCCGCCCGCUGAGCGGGGCCGAGGCCCGGGAGCGUCACCGGCAGCGGGAGGGGGAGCGGGAAGCGGCCCCGCACGGCCCCGCACGGCCCCGCCCCUCCGUCCCCCGGGCCCCGGGGCCCCGAUGCCCGUCCGGACGUCCGCACGGCCCUGCCGCGGAGCCCCAGGUGACGGGAGCGACGCCGCGAGCCUCCUCCCGCCGGCGCCCCGAGGGACGGGCGGGUGACUCCCCGGGCGCCCCCCCCGGCCCGUCCUCCCCGGACCCCCGUCUCUCUCCGUCGCCCCCCCCCCUUCCCGCUCU